AUGGGUAUAAGUCGUGUCUCCAGUACCAUCCCCAAACCGGCGGUUGAACAGCCGGUGGAAGAGGCAACGGCACAGCAAACCAAAUGUUUCGUGGAAGAACGAUCUAUAGAUGAAGCUCGUCCAUUGAGAAUUGUCAUCAUCGGGGCCGGCAUUUCUGGAAUCCUCGCAUGCAUUCGAUUUUUGCAAAGAGUCCCAAAUCUGGAAAUUUGCAUUUAUGAAAAAAAUCCCGACAUUGGGGGGACUUGGUUUGAGAACCGUUAUCCCGGGUGUGCCUGCGAUAUUCCAGCUCAUACCUACCAAGCGACCUUUGAGCCUAAUAAAGAGUGGUCCACAUUUUAUGCCAAGUCCCCGGAGAUUCACAAGUACUGGGCGCACGUUGUCGACAAAUACGGAUGCAGACAGUAUAUGAAAUUCAACAACCGUGUGUUAGAGGUGGUGUGGGAUGAAAAAUUCUCGAAAUGGAGACUGCAAGUUGAAGCCAUUGAUACGGAGUCCAUGUUCAAAGAUCAAUGUGAUGUUGUAAUUCAGGCAACGGGGGCCUUGAAUGAUUGGAAGUGGCCACAGAUCCCUGGUCUUCAUGACUUCAAGGGCAAAUUGAUGCACAGUGCCUCCUGGGACCAAAGCUAUGAUUACAAAGGUCAGCGAGUUGCAGUUGUUGGCAAUGGAUCAAGCGGUAUUCAGAUUGUCCCUGGCAUUUUGCCCGAUGUGCCACAUAUGGAUCACUAUGUUCGCAGUCGCACUUGGGUCUCUCCUUCUUUUGCGCGUGAACACAUUGAGAAACGUGGUAAGGGAUUGGAAAACUUCACAUUUACCGAAGAGGAUAUUGAACUCUUUAAACGAGAUCACAAAGCCUAUCAGAAGUUUCGCAAAGAGGUCGAGCUGGAACUGCAAUCCGUUCACGGGUCUACCCUCACUGGGAACGAAAUGCAAAUCCGCGCCCAGGAAGAAUUCGUGAACAACAUGAAACGGCGACUAGCCGGUAAACCGGAGCUGAUCGAUGAUCUAAUUCCUGCUUUCCCACCCGCCUGUCGUCGUUUGACUCCGGGGCCCGGUUACUUGGAGGCAUUAACAAAUGAGAAGGUUGAUAUCAUCACCACGAACAUUGUGAAAGUUGAUGAAACAGGAAUUAUCACCGCAGAUGGGCAGCACAGACCUGCAGAUAUGAUUGUGUGUGCAACUGGAUUUGAUACCUCUUGCACUCCCCGAUUCACGGUCAAGGGGCGGGGAGGAAUUACUUUGGCUGAUCACUGGAAGGAAAACCCCCAGACCUAUCUGUCAAUCGCUACUAAUGGGUUCCCAAAUUACUUUAUAUCCUUGGGACCCAACGCCGGGCUAGGUGAAGGCAAUCUCUUAACUCUGAUUGAGAAAGCAGUGGAUUAUUUCACCAAAUGUGUAAUCAAAAUCCAGCGUGACAAUAUCCGCGCAAUGAGUGUCCGACCUGAAUCCGUCAAGCGUUUUACUCAGUUUUGCGAUCAAUAUUUCUCGCGGACUGUGUUCAGCAGCAAGUGUCGCAGUUGGUAUAAGGGCGGGACUGAAGAUGGCCGUGUUACAGCCCUUUGGCCUGGAUCAUCUUUGCACUCUAUGGCUGCAUUUGAGCACCCACGUUGGGAAGACUUUGAGUAUGAGUAUAUUGGGGAUAACGCCAUGGGGUGGCUCGGAGAUGGGUGGACGGAGAAUGAGAAACGCAACAAAAUCAAUGUUGAUUAUCUGGAUGAUGAGAAGAUUGACUUUCCCAAGCCGAUCAAGGAUAUUUAG